AUGAAACCAACCGCGUUCUUCACUCCGAUGACCUUGAUCAUGACCAUGAUGGUCCAAGAUGCUUCUGCCCACGGCCGUCUGCUCGUGCCUCCACACCGUGGCUACAUUGGCAAACUGCCCCAAUUCAGUGGCCUUGUACCCAUCAACUUCAGCGACCACGGCCUCAGCGGUGGCGGCAUUGGCCAAACCAAGGGCGGCAAACACGGGAUCUGUGGCGACUCGUACUCUGGAAAGCGCUUGCACGAGACUGGCGGUGAAUUCGCCAAGUUUCCCCAACAUCGCGAAAAGGUCAUCGGGGCCUGCUACGCCCCCGGGUCCACUAUGGACCUUCAAGUCCAAAUCACGGCCAACCACAAGGGGUACUUUGAGUUUGGACUGUGCAAACUGAACUCGCGCAACGACAUGGAAACGGAAGAUUGCUUCAAGACGCUUGUCCAGCCCAACGGCGAAAAGGACUGCCAAUUGCCAGCAGGGGCCAAGACCUUCAACAUGCAGGGAUGGAGUGCGCUACUUACGGGAUGGAGGCGCCGUUCAAGCCAUUCUGGCUGCCAAGGCAGCCGAGGCGGAGACGCGCGGGCUUGCGCCCGCUGA